UAUCCCCAUAUAUCUUUCUUAGCCGCACCCCGAUCGACCAUCGCGUCUCAUUUAUACACAUACGUGUUAGUUCAACAAAGAAACAAACAUACAGAAGCACAAGAAGAAGCCAAGAGGAGAAGCAGCGAGAGCACCGGCGGUGGCACCGAUGGGGCCGUCGACGCUGCUGCUGGUGGUGGUGGCGAUGGCGGCGGCGAUGGGCGGGUGCUUUGCGCAGAUGCCGAUCCCGGCGAGGACGGACGGGUUCGCGUACGGGAAGGCGACGGCGUGGGGGGAGGCGGUGGUGGUGGAGGCCUACUUCGACCCGGUGUGCCCCGACAGCCGCGACGCCUGGCCGCCGCUGCAGAAGGCCGUCCAGCACUACGGCGCCCAGCGGGUCUCCGUCGUCGUGCACCUCUUCCCGCUGCCUUACCACAGCAACGCCUUCAUUGCUUGCCGGUCAAUACACACAGUCAACAAGCUAAAUGCGUCAGCCGUGUAUCCCCUGCUCGAGAAAUUCUUCAAAUACCAGGAGGCUUACUACAACCAACCGACAUACACAAAAUCAAGAGAGACGGUGGUCGCCGAAAUAACGAACAACCUUGUCGCUCCGGUCAUCGGUGAAGCCAAUUUGGCAGCGUACAAAGCAGGUUUCAACGAUUCAAUGUCAGAUCAGUCCACAAGGAUUUCCUUCAAGUAUGGCUGUGCACGCGGUGUGACUGGGACGCCCUACUUCUUUGUCAAUGGUAUACCGCUAGGCGACUCCGGUUCUCCAGUGGACUACGACAAGUGGAUAUCCACCCUUGAUCCGCUAGUUGGCAAGAUGUAGGGCUAUUAUCUGGUGUUGCAAAUGAAGUAUCAGGCGUGUUUAGUAGGAGCCAAAUAAGUGUGUUUGGGAAUAGAGAGCUUAAUUUCACACCUGUCCAAUAAGAAAAAAAAAAGAGAGAGAGCUUGAUUUCACCAAUAUCGAGAUCAUACUAUGUUUGCAAUCACAAAUAAUUCAUGUGAGUUGGGCUUGUCACUUUCUCCA